GAGGCCGCCGCUGCCGCCGCCGGCGCCGUGCGAACAUGGCGGCCGAGAUCCACUCCAGGCCGCAGAGCAGCCGCCCGGUGCUGCUGAGCAAGAUCGAGGGGCACCAGGACGCCGUCACGGCCGCGCUUCUCAUCCCCAAAGAGGACGGCGUCAUCACGGCCAGCGAGGACAGAACCAUCCGAGUGUGGCUGAAAAGAGACAGCGGUCAGUACUGGCCCAGCAUUUACCACACGAUGGCCUCCCCGUGCUCUGCGAUGGCUUACCAUCACGACAGCAGACGGGUGUUUGUGGGCCAGGAUAACGGAGCCGUCAUGGAAUUUCACGUUUCGGAAGAUUUUAAUAAAAUGAACUUUAUCAAGACCUACCCAGCUCAUCAGAACCGAGUGUCUGCGAUCAUCUUCAGCUUGGCUGCGGAGUGGGUGAUCAGCACAGGCCACGACAAGUGUAUCAGCUGGAUGUGCACCCGCAGCGGGAACAUGCUCGGGCGACACUACUUCACCUCCUGGGCUUCGUGUCUGCAAUAUGAUUAUGAUACUCAGUAUGCUUUUGUUGGCGAUUAUUCUGGACAGAUCACCCUGCUGAAGCUCGAGCAGAACUCCUGUUCAGUUAUCACCACCCUCAAAGGACAUGAAGGGAGCAUCGCCUGCCUCUGGUGGGACCCUCUCCAGCGGCUACUCUUCUCGGGAGCCUCUGACAACAGCAUCAUCAUGUGGGACAUCGGAGGAAGGAAAGGUCGCACGCUCUUGCUGCAGGGCCACCAUGACAGGGUGCAGUCCCUGUGUUACCUCCAGCUCACACGGCAGCUCGUCUCCUGUGCCUCGGAUGGCGGAAUUGCAGUGUGGAACAUGGACGUUAGCAGAGAGGAGGUGGUGUCCACAUACUGCUCUUUUCAGGAGACCCGAGUUCUGACUCGUCUGCGCCGCUCACGCGUUGCGGGGCCUCGUUUGGAGGUGUGUGGUCCUUGCGUGUCUGCCUGCUCUUCUGUGAAGUGCGGUCGCCCGGCGACACGCCUUCGAAAGCCGCUUCUGGUUUUUUAGACAGACGUUCUGAUUGUCUCAACAGCCUCGCCGACUUUUCUUUUUACUGAGAAAUAAUCAACGUUUGUCGUUACAUUAGCUUCAGGGGACCAGCCGUGGCUGUUCGGUGUUCCCGCAUAGUGGAACGGUCACCGUGGUGAGUCCAGUCAGCCUCCAGCACCAUGCGGUUCCAAAUCUUGUUUCUUGUGGCGGGAACUUUCAAGAGUCCCCCUCUCGGCGACUUCGACAUGCACAACGCGGUUUCAGCUGCCUGACUGUUCCUCGUGUCCCCAGGACUUGCUUCUUUGACGGCCCGCGGUUUGCACCUUUGACCCCUUUGACCCAUCGCACCCUCCACCACCUCCUCUGGGCACCUGCCAGUCUCUUCUCUCCUCUGUGGGCAGUGCUGCAGUGAGCGGUCUUGACCUUGUCCCUGUGUGGUUGUUCAAUUAUUUAUUCCAGCCAAUCUGAAAAUAGCCCCUGCAGCACAAGGAGAUACGUACAUUCUUAACGCUUUUUAUGGAUGUUGUCACAUGAUUUCCAGGCAGGAUUUCCACCCUUGUGUCCACCAGUGUGGGGGUUAUCUGUCUUUCCCAGCCUGUGAUGUAAAUAGCAGAAGAGCUGACUUUUUGUUGACUCAGAGGAUUGUAGAGUUGAGGGACCGAGGGCUCCGUUUUAACUUCAGAGACUUUUACUGAGCCCCGAGAGGGUGGCCCUGGCGCCUGGAAACAGGCCAAGGGCUCACUGCUACUGCGUCUCUCACGGCCUCCUGCGCCGUGUGAGGUCACCGGCUUGUUCAAGGCGCCGUCCCACAUGCAGCGCAGAGGCCCGCGUGCUGGCCCCCCAGGAUCAUGCGCCGCAGCCCCACCGGACUCCCCACAUGAUUUGUGUCACCUCCCAUUACCCGCGCGUCUCGUUUUCACUGAAUAAACCUGCACUUUUAGCAUGCCACGGAAGACAUAACCCGGGGGGUUCAGUUCACUAAAGCAAGUGGUGACGUGAUGUGACGCAUUUCCGGACCCAGUGGCUGCCAUGCCCUAGACGAAAAGGCUCCUGCCUGCAAGAAGCUUGUAAUCUCGCAAAGGAAGUAGACAGCCCUGUAAAUGAUGAAGGGAAGCCCUAACGUUUGAGGUCGUGACUGCCAGCUUUUCUGGUAACUCUCGGGAGACCAGUCAGGCAGAGGGAAUCUUGACUGUCGGCUUCCUGGCCGAAUGUUUUGGUAAGGCUUAAGGUAACUUGUUGUCAGUCAUCUGUGAAGUUGGCGUAACACCACAUACACUUUCCUUGCAGAGAUUUAUUUUAACUGUGUCUUCCAGUGGCUGCCGUUGUGGGCGUCAAGGGCGGCUAGAAUCCUGCUCGAUUUCUGGACUCUCGGCCUACCAUAUUUCCGUCUUAGUCUGCGAGCACAGGCCACUCAAAGGCUGCGUCCCCGGGUCACGCGGGAGGGCGACGCCCAGGCCAGCGCUGCGGGAGUUUCUUCUAAGAUCCGCCCACUCGGAUCUCAGUCCACUAUUCUUACCCUUGGGAGGUUCUUUUAGGAGAAAUAGUUAACAAAAUAAAGCAGGAUUCCCACCUUCAGGGUCACACGAUUGGGGAGUUCAUCCUACGUCUGGGAAAAGAAAGGACUCAGGACGCUUCCUUUGUACUGGAGUCUCUUUCCAGUUGUUUGUGGAAGAUUCCCCCACAUCGCAUGCAUGCUGGCUGGUUCCGCGUCACGCUCUGCUCGCUCCUCUACGUAGUGGCCAGUGCUGGUGGGGAAGCAGAUUGUGUCAAAAAGAUGCAUUGUUUUUAGUAGUGUCCGUCUGUCUGUCUGUCUCUCUCUCAAACCAGCUGAGUAUAGUGCAAAGGGAAACAGCCCAUAGAUCUAGAAGGUCCUGGCCCUGGAGCUGGGGUUUGUACAGUUCAUGGGGCUUCCCUCGGCACGGGCAUCCAGAAUUAGUCCCAGGUUCUCUCGCCCCCCGCUGCUGGGAAUUCCUUACCGAGUCCCUGGGAAGUGCUGGCCGGGCAGGCUGGAAGCAGAUUUGCCUCCUUGCCAGGUCGUAAUUGUAAUUAGAGGAGCUCCUUUUUGGAAGUGGUCAUGAAACAUAAAUGAGUACGUGAUAAUUAGAGUGAAUCCACUUGAAAAGAGGGCCUUGUUGUAAAGUAGCAGAUCAGAGGCUGGGCCAGUGGGGUGAUUAGCACCACGCAGACCAUCGCAGCAGGUUUAAUAGCCGUGUGGGGGACGAUUCUCGGUGCUCGUCCCUUCUGCUCAGCAUAGGCAGAGGGACAGUAGGUAGGGAGGAGUGACACAGUGCUUGACAAACGUUCUCUUUUGCUCUUCUCAGGAAAGGAAAAAAAAUGUUUUUUCCCUUUAGGGAAUAAGCGUAUAACAGGAUGGUUCAUGAUCGCUCGGAGCACCUCACUUCAUCCUGUUAAAGGAAAGUUAUGGGUGUUUCUUACAAUAAGAUGCUCUGGAAAACCUGUUUAUUUCUGAUUUUGCCUUUUGUUUGUUAUCUAAACUUAUGUAAAGCCCACCUUUCUUCCCUGGAGCCCCUCAGCCUCCAGCUCAGCCUAGUCCUGUUCUUUCCGAAACCCUUAGACAGGACUGUACGUUCCUGAGGGUAAGGGCUCUGGUGUAUUGUGGUCACGUGCGGGGAGCCUCACGUUCAAACAGAGAAGAGCCGUUGGAGAUGCUGUGUAGAUGGCAGCGUCCGAGCUAGGGUCUCCUAGGUCACCGCCUGCACACUCGUCCUGCGUGGCUGCGUCACCACCGGAGCCACAGGAUCCCUGCCCGCAUGGCUCAGGUGAUGCUGCUGCGGGUCCCCUCGGCUUGUGUUGACAAGCAAGUGGACUCAGGCACAGGAAAUCCUGGGCACCCUGCCUGGACGCCUGGGGCGCUGCAGACACCAGGCCCCAUGCCCGGCGCUGCCCACGCCUGGACUCGCACGCUCCUCCCCACCUCAUGGGGUGGGUGCUCCUACUCAGCUCUCGCUGUCGCGCAAAGACACCCUGAGCUUUGUCCCACGUGCAUCUGCUGCCGCGUGCGUCCCAGACCCGAGCCCAGGCUGCGGCACCUGCUUCCCUUCCCUGCAGGCAGACGUCCCCGGGCUGUAGGCGGCAUGACCCGCCGUGUGGCCCAGUUUCUCCCUCAGGGACCUCGUUCCCAAGCAGCGGUCCCCAGCUGCCUUCCCCGUCCUGUGAUCACAGAAGCAGAAGAGGGGAUUCUGCGGCAAGGCGGUCCUCUUUCCCACGUGGGUACACGUCUCUAUCCCCCUUUUCUUCGUGUUCCCUUCUUUCCGGUAUUUCUCUGGUUCUCCAAAGAUCCCUAUCUUCUGUCCAGCCCACUGCGUGCUAUUUGCAGUGCUCCCCGCCCCCAAGAAAGACCUUUGCAGAAAUAUUUCUAGCAACGUAUCUAAAGUAGGAAAUAGGAAAGCCCAUAGUCCUGAAGCAAUAAAAGAAGCAAAACAGGGAAGUAGAGGCACUUGUUCUUAGCCCCAGGGAGUUCCUGCUUGGCCCUUGGAGGCUCACCGUCUUACUGCCUGUUCUAGAAGGAUGGAGGGCAGGGGGUGCAAUGCAACAUCCACGAUUCUCCCGUCACUGUCUCCUCUCAUCAGCUGUAUUUUUCUGGAGUGUUCACUUUCAAGAUCCAGAAAGAGUCAUUUCUUCACAGCCUUUGGUCUAACUGAUAGAAACUCACGUUCUCUACUAUUUUUAUUGCACAUGUAUAAUGACGACUGAUUGAGAUUCAGUGAUGGCUUUGGACAGGUUCAUCUCGUAAUGGGGUACAGUCUGUAAUGGUUUGUCUAAAUAAAUAUUUUCUAAGUUCUUGUUAAA